UCCUGAUAUAGUCAGCUGAUGUAAUGAAAACAAGAAAAAAAAAACGACAAGAAAAAAAAUAAUAUCAAUAAACAAUUAAUUAUCUAAUUUAAAAAAUUAAAAAAAAAAAAAACAAAUAAUUAUGGAUACAAAAAUAAAAAAUAUUUCAACACCAUUGUCAUCAAACAAAACAAAAACAAAAAAAUCAUUACCAUCUUGGCUCAUGGAAAUGACAGAAAAUGACAGAAAAUUAAAAAAAGAUGUUUCAAUGUCUAAUGAUAAUUUGCCAUUUGAAACAACAUUAUCCUCAAGUUUAUCAUUAAAUGAAAAAAAAAAAUAUAAUUAUUCACAUAGAAAAUUAAGAUUUGAUAAUAAAAUUAAUAAUAAUAUUGAAAUAAUGCCAAAAUGUCAAACACGACGUUUAACAGAAUCAACAUUAAAAAAUAAUUUACCAUAUGAAAAACGUAAAUUAAGUUUAAAUAAUAUACCAUUAAAAAAAGAAAUGUCAAGUUUAUCAUUACAAGAAAAAAAAUAUAAUACUGUUAGAAAAAAAUCAGUUGAUAUAACACCAAAACGUGAAAAAAUUAUUGAAUUUGAUUUACGUCAACAAGAUGAUGAACUUGAAGAUUUUGUCAUUCCAGAAUUACCAUCAGGUCAAUUAUUAAAAAUUAAUAUAAUAAGUACUUGGGGAGAUCGUCAUUAUGUUGGUUUAAAUGGCAUUGAAAUAUUUUCAUCAACUGGUGAACCACCAGAAAUUAUCAAAAUUUGGUACGAGUCAAGUGAUGAUCCAAAUGAUUUUCAACAACAAAAUAACAAUACAAAUAAUUUAAUAAAUGGAAUUUAUCGUACUCGUGAUGAUUUAAAUAUAUGGAGAGUUCCAUUUACAAGUGGAAAUAAUCACAUAAUAUAUAUUAAAUUUGCAAAUAUUAUUAAAAUUGGAUUAAUUAGAAUAUGGAAUUAUAAUAAAUCAAGAAUACAUUCUUAUCAAGGUGCCAAAAAUAUUAUUAUAAAAUUAGAUAAUUGUAGUAUUUUUUCUGGUGAAAUAGCACGUGCUUGUGGUGAUAUUGUUGGAAAUAUAAAUUCAUUUGGAGAUACUAUUUUAUUUACAAUUGAUGAUAAUAUUUUAGAAAUGAUAUCAAUAAAUGAUACAAAUUUUCUCGAAUUUAUUGAUUCAUCUUCUACAGAAGAAAAAUCUUCUACAGCUGUAGAUUUACGUCCUUCUACAGCUGCAACAGAUUAUCAACUAGUUGAAUCAAAAACAACAGAAUAUCUAGAAGAAUCUAUUCAAUCAUCAAGCAGUAAUGAUAAAAGUAUGUCAAUAUCAUGUAGAGAAAUAAAAUUAAUAUUAUUAUCAAACUGGAACUCUUCAGAAAUGAUUGGUCUUAAUGGUAUUGAAAUAAUGACUGAUCAUGGAGUAAUACCCUCAAGCCAGAUGUCCUUGUCAUGUCAAGAUGAUAACGAAACAAUCGAUAGAUUAAUUGAUGGAAAUAACAUGACAAUGGAACCAAAAUACAUGUGGAUAUCAAGAAAAAUUUUUGACAUUGAUAUAACAAUAAUUAUAACAUUAAAUGCUGAAGAAUUUUUAACUGGAAUCAGAAUAUGGAAUUACAAUGAGUCACUUGAGUCUUCAUACUUUGGUGUUAAACAAAUGAUGAUUGAACUUGAUGGAAAAAAAUUAUUUUCUGAUGAUUUUGAAGGUUUUGAGCUACGAAGAGCACCUGGAUGUUGUCAUUAUAAUUUUUGUCAAGAAUUGAGUUUUAUUAAUGGACCAAGUAAUAUUAUUAAUAAUAAAAUUGAACAAAAAAUUGAAUUAUUUGAAACACUUGAUUGUGAUUAUGAAGCAACACCUGUUCCUCAAGGUUUUAUUUAUCAAAUUUUAAUAUUUUCAACAUGGGGUGAUGCAUAUUACGUUGGCUUAAAUGGAAUUGAAUUAUUUGGAGCUCAAGGAGAGCAAAUUUUUCUUACAAAAAAAAAUAUUGCUGCAUAUCCAGAAAGUGUUAAUAUAAUUAUGGGAAUGGAAAAUGAUGUUAGAACACCAGAUAAAUUAAUUGAUGAAAUUAAUGAUAAUAAUGAAGGACAACAUUCAUGGCUUGCACCAAUUUUACCAGGUGAAAUUAAUAGAAUUUAUGUUAUAUUUGAUUAUCCAGUUGCAGUGUCAAUGAUUAGAAUUUGGAAUUAUUUAAAAACACCUAGAAGAAGAGUCAAAGAAUUUGGGAUAUUUGUUGAUGAUUUACUGGUGUAUAAUGGUUCUUUAGAAAAAGAUGAUACACAUGGAGAAAUUCAUUUUAGUACAAAUGAUAAUAGUAAUUUUUAUAGUCCAAUGAAAAAACCAAAAACAUCAGAGCAAGAAAUUCAUUUAUUAAAUUUUGAAAAUAUUGCAACACUUGGAAGUGAUGAUCAACCUGAUCCUUUACUACGACCAUUUACUUCAAAUAUGCCAAAAAAUUCACGCAAUUAUUAUGCAAUAUAA